GAAACCAUUUUACCUUAUUCUGACUACGACGGGCGACGCAUGCUGGCCAUUUUCCUGUACUUUGAAGAGAGUGUGGGUUGGUAAUCCAGCAGGCAAGCAAAAGGCGCUCAGGCUCCUGCCUCUGCGCCCGCCGUUUAUAUAGAAGCGCCUUGAUUCCUCCCCCUUUUCCCUUUCCUCUGGCGGGUACCUGACCUUGUUUUUAAUUGCUGAGCUCGUGUAUUCUUUUCCUCUACCUGCAUCACCACUGUCCUUUUUAGUCCUUCUCUUCUUGCUCUUAUUAAAAAUACUCCUGAAGGUUGGUUCUCCCUCCACUCGUCUGUACAUUGACAUCUACCCCACAUCUCUUAUUCCCACAAUGAACCCUGCAAUCACCACUCCUGGAAGCACCCGCUCUUCGCCGGGUCUCUUCAACCACAUCAACCACUCGGCGGCUACGGGUCCCGCAACCAUGCGGACCCCGAUGCACCUGGGUCUCUCCGAGUGCUCUUACGCUCGGCCGCCACCCCUGAAGUGCGCACGCCAUUCAAUUCCGUCGUUGUCAACAAAGACUGCCGACGGAAGCAGAGUCAGCAUCCUCAAUGACUCUGACCAGGAUCCCGCUGCCACACACGACCGCAAGCGGUGCUUGUCUGUUCCUGGGCCCUCGCCCGUGUACUCAACGGCUAGCUACAGCCCGUUCCGCGCCCAGUCAACACCUGGCGCCACACCGCAACAGGCCCCGUCAUCGCUGCCUUCCCUGAACACGCUGGUCCAGGCUGUGGGACUAGUGACAUCCGAGUCAUCAGCAGUGCCCCCGCCGGCUAACAAUCGGACGCACAGCCUCCCUGUGAUGCCGCUCCACCGCCAGGCACCGCCUCCGCCUCCCACACAGACCAACAAGACCAUGGCCAAGCGCAAGUACAAGUGCACAUUCACCGGGUGCGGCAAAGCGUUCACCACCAGCGGCCACCUGGCCCGCCACCAGCGGAUACACACGGGCGAGAAGAACUUCCCCUGCCUGUUCCCGGGCUGCACCAGCCGCUUCUCGCGGCAAGACAACAUGAUGCAGCACUACCGCACACACUUGUCGUCAAAGUCGCGGCGAAAUGGCAGCCCGCGCAAAGUUGUCUUCCUCGACCCUGUUGUCGACCCGUACCGGGCGAGCCCUAGCAUGUAUGGCACACCAAACUAUGCCAACACUGCCCCUGUCCACCAUCCCUAUGCCCAUCCCCAUGCCCAUCCCCACCAUGCCCAGCGGUACUCGGCGAGCGUGCCGACAUCUGUCCCCCAGCAAUAUCAGCAGCCGCAGGUGACUGGUCAGCGGGCACCAGCUCAGCCGUAUGGGCUUCCGGCAGUCCACAUGCUGGCAGCUAAUAAUGUCGCUCCGGGAUCCCCGGCGACAUCGCACGAGUACCAUCACAGCAUGCCCAAGCAGCCGUCUACUGCGGCUCCCCGCACCGCGGCUGCUGGCCCCAUGGCUUACUACUGAGGCACUUUGCACCAAUUCAUCACAAGCAUGCAUCAUUCAACCCGCGCGCAGUAAAUGCAUUAAUUUUUCCUU